ACGGAUCCGAACCCCCCACCGCGUGCACCCUAAGACCCGCGUCCACCGUCCAUCCUCAACCACCAACGGCUCAGAUCCCCUCCUCUAGGAACUAGACGAAACCCCAACCCACCACGCGGCCGCCGAGCUAGACCUUUGACUCUCUCGUAGCCGCGCCGCGCCUUAUAUUCCUUUCACUCGUUUGCUCGCUCCACCCCUCCUCCAUCAAGCGGAACCAUCGCCUCUUCCACCUACUCCCUCUUGGCGCCGCCGCUGUACGGCAGGAAGCCAAGAAGCGCCGCCCCGGAUCUCCCCUCCCGCCGCCCGCAUCGUGAAGACGACGAGCCCGCGCUCGUGAAUGGUGGGAGCCCGCGCGACCUCCGCCGCCUUGCAGCCGCAGCCGGAGAAGGCCUCCUUCCGCGGCUUCGGUUGCUGCAUGCAGGGCUGGUACCACCGCUGCAUCGGUCUCGACCCCUGAACGACGAGCGGACUCGCUGACGUUGAUUCUUUGAUUUCCCGUGAUUCUUCGGUCCUGGAUUUGUUUUUCGAGAGCACUUGAGCCCGAGGUUUUCCUUCUUUCCUCCGACGAAGGAGAAGAAAUUUUGAUUGAUUGGUUGAUUGCUAGUUGGGUGAUACAUUGGUAAGAACCUAUGGCUGUCGCGGUGCCUUCGACCCUGCCGAUGAAGCUGAGGAAGGUAGAGCACCGCGGCAAGGCCGCGGCUGGUGCCGGUGGCCGCGCGCGCGUGCUGGUCACGGUGACCGUGCUCGGCAGCGCCGGGCCGCUGCGGUUCCUCGUAGAUGAGGGCGAGAAGGUCACCGGCCUCAUCCGCGCAGCGCUCCGCUGCUACGCCCGCGAGGGACGCAUGCCGCUGCUCGGCGCCGACCCCGCCGACUUCCUACUCUACACCGCCAACGGCAGAUCCGACGCGCUCAACGCCGAUGACAGGAUCAGCUUCAAUGGGUGCCGGAGCUUCCUGCUCUGGCAGAAGGCAGAGCGCCAGGCCGUCGCCGUCGACGCUGGGUCUGAGCACCCGGCAGCGGCGACGUCUAGCCCCGGCAGGAAGGGCAGCGGCGGCUGGAAAGGCGGGCUUAACAAGUUCCUCAGCUUCAGCUUCAAGGUGUGAUCCAUUGAUGGGAGCUUUCCUGGUCUGCGGUGGCAUUGUACCGAAUAUACUGCAUUGAUCUUUCUCAUUCUUCGAUUGGAUUUGGAGUUUAUGGCAAUCGGGCGAGUUGGGAAAACUCGCAAUUGUGUAAUUUCUCCUUGCAUUUGAGUCGAUUGAGUUGUUUGUUGUUUAGUUAUUUGUUCUCUAUGGUAAUCUUCUUGAUAUCAUCAUCGUUGGAAUUAUGAAUACAUCUAUCGUGGUGGUCCGGCGCCAAACUUCGGUGUGAUUCA